CUGAAGCCUCAGCUUCAGGGAGCAGCAGAACAGAGGGAGCAGGAUUAAGGUUCAGAGUUAAACCAGGAGUUGGAUUCCUUUUAGUGAAGAUGAAGCUGUUUCUUCUGGUUCCCAUUUUGGCCCUAACUCUGACAGUUUGCGCUGCCAAGUCUCCCUACCAGGCGGUUCUACAGCACAGCCGGAUCCGAGGACGACAGCAAGGGCCUAAUGUUUGUGCCAUGCAGCUGGUCAAAGGGACUGACAAGAAAUACUUCACCAACUGCAAACAGUGGUACCACCGGAAGAUCUGUGGCAAACCCACGGUCAUCACCUAUGAAUGCUGUCCAGGUUAUGAGAAGGUUCCUGGAGAGAAAGGCUGUCCUGCUGCGCUGCCUCUGGUGAACAUCUACAACACUCUGGGCGUGGUCGGUGCCACCACAACUCAGCUGUAUGCUGAACGAGCCAGACUGAGGGAGGAGGUGGAAGGUCCUGGAAGCUUUACCUUCUUCGCUCCGAGUAACGAGGCCUGGGCCGCCCUGCCUGCAGAGAUCCUGGAUGCUCUGGUGAGCAACGUGAACAUCGAGCUGCUGAACGCGCUUCAUUACCACAUGGUGAACCGCAGACUGACCUCUGAGGAGCUGAAACACGGAUCCACCUUUACCUCUAUGUAUCAGGAUUCACUCGUCCACAUCCACCACUACAGCAACGGGAUCAUAACUGUGAACUGUGCCCGUCUGGUCAAACCCGACCAACAUGCCACCAACGGCAUCGUACACGUCAUCGACCGUGUCAUCACUGCCGUGUCCAACGACAUGCUGUCCAUCAUUGAUAUUGACGACGAUCUGGAGAAGCUCCGUGCAGCGUUUGCUGCUGCAGAACUAAGCACCCUGCUGGAGGGAGGGGGUCAAUUCACCGUCUUUGCCCCCACCAAUGAAGCCUUUCAGAAGAUUCCUUCAGAGACCCUGAACAGGAUCCUGGGGGACCCAGUGUCUCUGAGAGACCUGCUGAACUACCACAUCCUGAGGCAGCUGCAUUGCUCUGAAUCCAUUGUGUCGGGGUCCUCCAUGGAGACGCUGCAGGGCACGUCCUUGGAGGUGGGCUGUGACGGGGACCAGAUGACUCUGAACGGGAAGGCCAUCAUCACCAAGAAGGACCAACUGGGAACAAACGGAGUCAUCCAUUACAUUAAUGAGCUGCUCAUCCCAGACUCAGCUAAAACUCUCCUGGAGCUGGCUGAGAGCUCAUCUGUCACCACGGCUACCAGGUUGUUUGUGGAUGCCGGUCUUUCAUCUCACCUUGCAGGCUCAGAGGCCCUGACCCUGCUAGCUCCUCUGAACGAUGCCUUCAAAGGAAGUCUGACAAUGACUCCAGAGAUGAGAAAGCUGAUGAAGAACCACAUCCUGAAGACGCAACUGUCCUCCAAGUCCCUUUAUCAUGGCCAGGAGCUGGAAACCAUGGGAGGCCUUAAACUGCGAGUCUUUGUCUACAGAAAUAACCUUUGUAUAGAGAACGCUUGCAUUGCUGCCCAUGACAAAAUUGGCCGCUAUGCCACCAUGUUCACCGUGGACAAGGUCCUGACUCCGCCCAUGGGGACGGUGAUGGACGUCCUGAAGGCCGAUAACCGCUUCAGUCAGCUGGUCGGAGCCAUCCAGACUGCAGGCAUGACAGAGCUGCUCAACCAGCAGAGAGUACACACCUUCUUCGCUCCCACCGACGAAGCGUUCAGGGCGAUGCCGCAAGCCGACUUCAACCGUCUGAUGAGGAACCCUCAACAGCUGUCAGAUGUCCUCAGGCUGCACCUGGGGGAGGGUCUGUUGGUGAGCGGGGGAGUCAGCUCUCACACUCGUGUGACGCCUCUGCAGGGGGAAAAACUGGAGCUGGGCGUGAGGAACUACACCGUCUAUGUCAACAAGGUUCCUGUGGUGGACGCCGACCUGAUGGCGACUAACGGCAUUGUUCACGCCAUCAACAGCAUCAUCAAACCUCUGGCUCCAAGGGCAGACAGGGAGCAGGCAGAUGGACCAGCAGCGGCUUCGCCUGCAGUGGACUCCAGGAGUUUCAGGAACAAUGAUCUGUUCGAGAGGGUUCUGAGAAGUCGCUCCAGCAGAACCAUGAACAAGAUUCAGUAAAAAGGAAGGAGGAGCUCAAUGACUCCCAGCAGGACCGAUUCCCUGUUUUCAGGGAAUGGGGGUUUUUUUUCUGUAAAAACCAGUUUAACUCUGUGAGAUCCCUGUCAGAUCGCCUAUAAAGUGUUCUGUGGUCCUGCAGCAUGUCGGCGGGUCGCAGAUCUGGCCUUUGAGAGAUUUUUGUAAAAUAAAGCUGAGAGUGAGACUCCCCUA